AUGUCCCUCCCCACCAUCCCCCCUGGCCCCGUCCCCCUCGCAAUAAUAGGCGGCACAGGCCUCUCCUCACUGCCCUCCCCGCCCUUCACACCUGUCGCUAAAAUCCCGCUUUCUGCCCUCGAGACACCAUGGGGCAUACCCUCUUCCCCCAUCACGAUCUUGAAAUAUUCUUCCCCUACCACUACCUCCGAUCAGUCCUUGGAAGGGAAGGGGGAGGGUGAGGGGGCGCUGCUAGUCGCAUUUCUGGCAAGGCAUGGCGAACAUCACAAUCUCACGCCCACGGAGAUUCCACAGAGGGCGAACGUGGCGGCGCUCAAGAAAUUGGGGGUUAAGGCCGCGAUUGGAUGGAGUGCUGUGGGCAGUUUGAGGGAGGAAGUCAGGCCGAGGGAUUUUUUGGUGUUAGGGGGAGUAGUGGAUUGGACUAAGGGCUUCAGGCCCUCGACAUUCUUUGAGAAUGGCAUUGUUGGACACGUCUCUAUGGCUGAUCCAUUCGACAAACCGCUAAGUAAGAUCAUAACUAAGGCUAUUAGUGCGCCAAGGGUGCUUGAGGGCAAUGAGGGCGAUGCUAUUAGAGUGCACGGGGACGCUACAACUAUUUGUAUAGGUGCGGUCGCGCCUCUAUCCGACAAGGUCCUGGCAUACCUGGAUAUUGAGACUGACUUUGCGAGCUGCAGAAGGACCUCAAUUCUCUACUCGCGCCGAAUCCAUCCUCUACAGAAAUCUCCCAACCCACCCUCCAAUCUCAUGUAUUGGUAUGACCUCGGUCCCAGAGUGCAAGCUAUACCGAGAAGCCGAGAUCGCAUACGCGCUGACUACGACUCAUGGCAUGAGACGAAUGAAGGCGUCAGCGUUGAGAUGGUCAUGGGACAUAUGGCUGCUAAUUCGCAGAAUGCGAAGAGAGCUAUUGCUGCGAUAGUGGAAGAGUUGGGGAAAGGAGAGGUCGAUAUUUUUGAAGAGGACAGAUUGAAGAGGCAAAGUAGAGGAGGCAUCAUGGGCCUGGAACGCCAGAAAGAAGGGAAGGGAGCAGAGGCUGUAGAGCGGCUGACGUGGUUGUUUGGUGAUGAAUGGGUCAGAGGGAAGUGA